AUAUCAGUCAGAUGCAAACAAAUCAGUUGGAGGCUUGGAGCUAAGUUUUGCUCAGUUCAAGAAGUCUUGGACUCGAGUUCAAAUGGAAGAUCCUAAAGAAUAUACCUUUUCUCAUCCUAACAAGACUCACCGUUUCAUUGCACCAAACCGGCUAAAGCCCCCUUUUGGAUAAGCCCCUCUUGCUAACCAACCUCCCUCCAAAAUGAAUACAGGCCAAAAAAUCUGUCCUGUAUAUAUAUAUAUACGUAAUCCAAUUCAAUUCAGUAAAUCUACCAACGCCCCUCUUCCUCCACCACUUCAAUUAAUAGCCGUUUUCCCUCAACAAGCACAACAACUCUGCCCUGAAAAUAGUAUAAACUGAUAUUUCUAAAACAUAAUCACAGUUCCAAAAAGAAGAAAUGACAUUUGCUAGCAAGCCCUCUUCUUCAAUACUACUCUCUCCUAUUGAGCAAGAAAAGCUCAUCGAAAAACUCCAGGUUUUCACCAUCCAAGGCAGAGAUAAACAUGGCCUUGCCCUGCUCCGGGUUGUCGGCAAAUUCUUCCCUGCGAGGCUGGUGAGUGUGGCGGCCUGUGUGAAGUUCUUGGAGGAAAAAAUCUUUCCAAAGCUGGGUGACAAGUCAUUUUCAGUGUUGUAUGUGCACACAGGAGUUGACAGAAACCAAAACUUUCCAGGCAUAUCAGCCUUAAGAUCAAUCUAUGAUGCGAUUCCAGCCAGGAUCAAAGAUAAUCUGCAGACUGUUUACUUCCUCCAUCCAGGACUCCAGUCCCGACUUUUCCUCGCCACAUUUGGCCGCCUCAUCUUCACUGGAGGAUUAUACCGGAAGGUGAAGUAUGUGAAUAGGCUGGACAUACUGUGGGACAACGUGAGGAGGAAAGAAGUGGACAUACCUGAGUUUGUGUACGAUGAAGAUCAGAAACUGGACCACAUCCCCGUGAUGAUUGAUUUUGGAAUGGAGAGUGAUCAUCCUAGAAUUUAUCAGCCUAAUUAUACAUCAUCGUCAUCAUCACCGUUUGACUCUGAACUGCGCCUGUAUUCUCUGAGAUGCAUUGCUUAGAAGAAGCCUACAAAUUAAGAACCUAGCUGCAGGUGUAUAAAGUAGAAUGGAGAUAGAGAGCUUCUUCCUACAGGGGCUGAAUCAUGCAUAUCUAAAAAGCUCAUGAAUGUUAUUCCAGCGACGAAAAUGUGAAUCAGUCACAUGUUUUAGCUAAUUAGAUAUAUACACAAUAAUCGCAUCAGUUAGCUAAAGAACAUGAAUUAGCCAACACAAAAGCAAUGCGCAAGAAAUUCUGUAGAAAAAAUAUACAAGGGGUAAAAUCAGAAUAAGAUCAGGACUUUGUGCAAACUUUAAUUCGUAACUGAACCUUCAAAUCACAAUACAAAGACGACCAGACAAAGGCCAAUACAUCACCAGAAGCCAUACAUAUAACAUAUCUGCUGUCCAGACAGAGUCGAGAGAGUCUAAUACAAAGCUUUCUAUAUAGUAUGUACAAUUUAAAAGACAUUGGAUUGAUUCCUUAAACAAUGUACAAUUUCAAGAAGUUAUUACAAUAACUUAAACAAGGAAAUGUUCCCCUGAAUUCGUGAACAUCCCAUAUAACCUCACCGCAGCAAAGCUUCCAAUUCCAUUUUCCAGCAUGCCAUAUAGUAAGGUAAACAAGAAUUAAGCAGAUGGCCUCGACAAAGCUACAAACAUUAGUAAAAAGAAGAAACUUUGAGCUGCAUUCAUUUCUUUAUUAAUGAAUUUUUCAAAUGCUUGACUGACUUAGCAGGGAUUGGGAGUAAUCCAGACAGGGCGAGAGAUUGAAUCACGAGCAUAACAUGGCAAACGCUCAAUACUCCCAUCUUCCAAGCUGAAAAUCCCCAAAUCAUGAUCCCCGCCACCAGUAUGGUCUUCGUACACGCAAUCAUCAUCAUCAGUGAAAUAAAUCCGAUUCCCUUUGCAUCCCGCCGGGAAAUCAGUGGACGACAAAGCCAACGAAGAGCUUCCACCGACAAACAAAGCAAUAUCCCCCAAAUCCAUCACUCUCUCCCACUUAUUCCCACCUGAAUCCAGCCUACAAACCCGAAACUUACGAGUUUCAAACGUAUCAUAUUCAUUUCCAAGAUCGAAGUACCGCGUGACAAGUAACAAUUCACCACGCGCCGCCACCAAAUAGUGUGUGUCACCUCCCUCAUUUGCGCCAGUGGCAUCAACAAGACGAAGUACUCCGGGCGAAUCGCCGUCGACGUCACAUAUUGCAAUGCUGCCGUUUUUAUUCAAGGCAUAGACCAACCCAUUAAGAAAAAUUACAUCCUCGCUGAAAUUACGAAUCCCUGGAAUAACAGUCCACUGAGUUUGCCCGGCUUUGCAAAAAACAAGCUCACCGGUUCCAUAAAGAAUCGACACGGCUGUAAAAUCAGGAUCGCGAGAUGGGCUAUCAGAAAGAACGAUUUUUUUGACAAAUUCCCGCAUUUGCUUCAGAUUAAAAGUUACAGAUAGGUUAUCAUCAAGGAGGAGAAGGUACUCGCGGCCGAUUUGGGCAUAGUCAAAGCGGGAAACGUGGGGGAAAGAGGAGAGAGGCGGGAGGUUGAGCUUGGUUCCGGUGAGGGGAUUGAAGACGAAAACAGAGGGGGAGUCUUCGAGGAUGACCAGCCAGCCGUGGGAGGAGCCGCGGCAGCGACGGUGGCGGUGGAAGGCAACCGGGAGGCGGAGGAUAUGGCGCUUGUAAUUAACGAGGUUGAGAAAGGAGAGGUGAUAAUCGGGAAAGCGGUGGUGGUGGUGGUGUUGAGUGCCUCUGGGAAGCACGAGCCAGGGGAGUUGGCAGGGGAGGUGGGUUGGGGUCGCCGGAGUUGAGGAUCGCCAGGCCACGCAGACUGCCCUGAAUCGGAUGUAAUCGGAGUGGAUUCUGAUGUGGGUUGAUAUUUUCCAGAUUAAUUCCGGCAGAAUCGACGACCAAUCAAGGAAGUCAACGGGGGUGGACAUUCUUCAAGCAAAUCGGAAAUGGUGGUGAAAUCGGUGGAAUUGAGGGAGUUUGGGAGAUCAGAAAUUCUGUUGUCGGUAUUUAUAAAGUAAACUGAUGAUUGAUG